AUGGCUACCGAUGUUGUGCUCGAGACGACCAUGGGUGUUGUAACCGUCGAGCUCUACAAUGACCAUGCCCCAAAGACCUGCAAGAACUUUUCGACCCUGGCUCAACGAGGCUACUACAACAAUGUGAUCUUCCACCGCGUCAUACCGAAUUUCAUGGUGCAAGGAGGUGAUCCUACAGGUACUGGACGUGGCGGCUCAAGCAUCUAUGGAGAGAAGUUCGCAGACGAGCUACAUCCUUCACUCAAACACACGGGCGCUGGCAUAUUGAGCAUGGCCAAUAGUGGAAAGGAUACGAAUGGCAGUCAAUUCUUCAUCACAUUGGCUCCAACACCGUGGCUCGACGGUAAGCAUACCAUAUUCGGCCGUGUAAAGAGUGGGAUGAAAAUCGUGCAGCGAAUGGGACUGGUCAAGACGAACAGCGAGGACAGACCGUUGGAUGAGCUCAAGAUCAUACGUGCGCGAGUCGUUGAUCCUUCAGAGGGCGAUUGA